AUGGACCACGAGGAUCAAAUCGACUUGAUACUCGAAGGUCUCCCUGAUGAGUACAAACCGAUUGUUGAUCAAGUUGAAGGGCGUGACACUCCUCCUUCAAUCAUAGAGCUUCAUGAACGCCUCCUCAACCAUGAAGCUAAGCUGCUGUCCAACGGCUUGACUCCGUCGUUUCCAGCGUUUGGGAACGUUGCUCAACAACGCUCCUCCUCAAACAACUACAACUGUAGCGGUCGCAACCAAAACCGCAACAAUCAUCAACACUCCAAUGGUGAUGCAGCGUGGCCAUCGUCACCGUCUGCUCCUCGUCCCAACUAG